AUGCAAUCGUUGUAUUUGGUUCAAAUUGUUGAAAUGUUGAUAACUCAUCACGGAAAUGGAUAUCAUAAUGAUAAAGACAGAAGUGAUGAUUAUAAUAAAUGUGGUGGCAGCCCUUCUGCAUCAUCCUCGUCAAAAUUUAAAAUGAAAGAAAGAUCAUCAAAAGCUGGAGAUGCGUUUAUCAAAGCUGCAAAUAUGCAAUUACAAUUAAAUGAACGUGAUGAAGCAUCUACUACAUUUAUAAAUGCUUCAAAAUGUUAUAGAAAAUGUAGUUUUGAAGUAUUACUGGAUAAUAAAAAGAAAGAUUUAAUUUAUACAAAAUGUUACUGUGAAGAAAAUAUUUAUCAUUUGUGUAAAGAAUUUCUUCUGGAUGAAAAAAAUGAAGAUUAUAAGGAAGGAAUUUAUGUGUGUUUUAUUUCUAAUGAAGAUAAAGUUGUGCCAUUAUUUAGACAAAGCUCAUCUGAAUUAGAAAAUGGAUUGGUUUUAUGGAUUGAUAAAGAUGGAAUGUGGAAUUCACCACCUCCAAAUUAUCCUCCAAUAUCAAAUCAAGAAUUUACAAUGAAUCUUGAUUUAUUUAUUUCCAUGACUGAAAAUUUAAAUUCUGAUAAAUUUGGCAAAAUUGAAUUACACAAUCCAUUAAGAUGUGAAGAAAAUAUGACAAAAUUUAAAGAUUUUUUGAACCAAAUAAAAUAUGAUGGACCAAUUCUAGCAUCCACUGAAAGCAUUAAAUUAAUUUCAAAAUUACAUUAUCAUCCAAAGCUGGAAUGUAUUUUGAGCUCUAUUUUACCAUUGUCUGAAAUUAAAGUUUCAUCAUUUGAAGAUAUUGAUGACAUUGUCAACAAAGAUUAA